AUGUGGCAGGUGGCGGCCCCUGUGUACGACUGUGUCCCCAGGAAACCCGAGCCCGGGGCGCGUCCCCCUGCCAGAGUGGCUUCGCGCGCCGUCGGUUCCUUGCCCGGGUUCCGGGCUAAUCCCCAGUCAGAAGGCUGCCACAAUGGUGACAAGCCGGGCCGCGCUGCUCUUGAUCCGCUGUCCUUCACAGCAGCCGAGCCGACGGGCCGCGUCGCGCGCAGCGGGCCUCUGCGACACCCGGAGCUGCGAGCGUGCGCGACGGGGCGCGCGGCCGGCGUGCUGCGGCCUCCGCAGGCGGACCGUGUCGGACAGCCGGUGGUGCGCUCGCGCGAAAUCCUGACUGACGGCCCGCCACUCGCGCUACACGCGCCGGCGCCGCCGCCGCCGCCGCCGCCGCCGCAGCUACGGCCGCACACCGGCACGACCGACGCCAACACUUUGCGGCCGCUCGCCGCCGCCACCGCCACCGCUGCAGCGGGCGGUUCUCGCAGCGAUUGCGAGCCACGCUCCAGCACCAAAAAAUCACCACUGUGCAAAUUAGAGUCCGCGCCGCUGCCGCCUCGCCGCGGCCGCCAGCCCUUACAUGAAAUAUUUCCAGGGCCGCGCCGCCGCGCGCUCGCAUCCACCCCCAAUAACAAACACCCGCCCCCGCCGACGCCGCCGCUGGCGCUGCCUGCCGUCUAA